UCUGGGGGUUGUAGUCCACUAGACGGCGCCGGAGAGUGCAGCCGGUUGCUAGGUGACGACGCCAAACAGCCGCCGCGUCCUGCCUACGAGGAGCGGCCCGGCGACUACUGCCAACCCUUCGCCCCCGCUGGCCGAGGAAGCUGCUGCGGCGGCAGGUGGCGGCGGCAGGUGGCGGCGGCAGGAGGGCUCGGCGGUCCGGAGGCCCGCCAGAGGUUUCUCUCGCGUCUGGUGACACCUGGCCUCCCCUCCUCUGUGUUGGACGGCGGAUCAACGCAGACCCUGUACCACGGCCCGGAUCGGCGUCUCGCGGGGGACCCUCCAGUGUCAGUGCUGUGUGUUGGCAGGCCCCUGCCUGGGAAGAUGGCUUACUAUGGAAAAUGCCUCGAAGCUGUGAUCGAGCAACUCGACAAAUUUACGCCCAAGAGGGACAACCCUGAGCAGUUCCUGGAGGCCGCGGCCACCUCCCUGCAGGCUCUGAGCCCCCAGAAGCAGGGCUUUGUUUGGGAGGUUCUGUCUGGCUGCCUCGAGUACCAGAAGCUGCUGACUGUCGUGGUGGAUGCCUUCUGCGCGCAGGAUGGCCGACUCUACCUGAGGGUCGACCACAGCCGCUUCAAGGUGAUCUGCUACCUAGCCACAUUCCUGCUGGAGGAACUCGGCUUCCAGCUAUUCUGUGACAUCAUCAAGUCCCAGCCCGUGGACAAGAUGUGCAAGUUCCUCAGGUUCUUCUUCAACCCCCUGAACCUGUGCUCGUGGAUCAAGGACGAGUGGAGCCUCAUCUACGAGCCGGCCCACGUGAAGGAGAACUGGAUUGACCCCCUGAUGAGAUGGCAACCAGAGGUUCAGGAGCUCAUCAAUCACCUGGAGGGUGUGUCUGCCAGUCAAUCCUCUCCUUUAAAGAAGACAAAGGCCAAGGUCACAGAGCCCAAGGAAUUCAACCUGACUGCCCCCAAGCCUCGCACCAUUCCAGCACCCGAGCCAGUCCCGGUUGUGGCCAAGCCGAGACCAGUUCCCCAGAGCACCUACCGGACACCCAAGGAGCAGCAGCAGCUGGAGACAGUCAAGAGGUACAACCGCCGGAAGGCCGAGGAGCUGCUGCUGAGGGCGAACGUUGAGGAACUGCGCUGCGCCAUGCCCAGGUCCUGCAGGGAGCCCGUGCAGGGCUCCAAGCAGCAGCUUCGGCUUCCGUUCCCACCCCGAAUCCGAAAGACUCCAAAGCUGACCUUCUAUAGGCCUGACAACGUCCUGGUCAAGCUGAACACCACAGCUAUCCUGCGAGAAGGGGCCUUGUACCAGCGCCAGGUGGAGCAAGAGCUGCAGAGGGUUGAUAAGCUUGUGGACGGGGCUGGGGACUUCUCUGAGUUCCUCGAGUGGCAGAAGAAGAUGCAGGCAAAGGACCGGGAGGAGCAGCUGGCCGUGGGCGAGUGCCGGCGGCUGCAGGGGAAGCUCAGCCACGAGGAGGCCGUCCUGGCCCGGCAGAACCUCAUGCAGGAGAACAAGCAGAGGGCGGAGCAGCAGAAGGAGCAGAUGGCCAAGCUGAUGCUGCAGCAUGCCGAGAGACAGCUCUGGGAGGACAGGUCCAGGAAGGAGCUGGUGGAGCAGGUCAUAGAGGGACAGAAGAACGUCAAGGCAGCUCAGGCGAAGCUUGUGAAGGGCCGGCGGCAGACAGUUCAGGAGGUGAUUGAAGCAAGCCGGGGGUUGCUGCAGCGCAGGGCACAGGAGGCCCAGGAGGAGCAGCGGCGCCGCUGUGAACUCAUCUCCCAGCUGCGCGCACUCGAGACACAGCCCAUGCGCAAGGGCAAGCUUGUGGACCUGACCCAGAUCCCCGGCUAUGGCCUGGAAGGAGAGAUGUCCAUAGUGGAGCUGCGAGAACGGCUGGCCCUGCUCAAAGAGAAUCAGCGGCGCGACGAGGAAGAAAAGCGGGAUCAGAUCAUUCAGGGCAAGCGCACCAAGAGCCAGGAACUGCGGGACAUGCUGGAGCAGAUCUCACUGUGCCGAGCAGCCAUGGGGAGAUCCGCAGCCUUGAGGUGGGAGGAGAAAAAGAAGGCCCCGGCGGCGCCCACGCAGGACGAGCGCGUGCAGCAGCUGCAGCGCAGGAUCUCGGAGAGGGCGGCCGAGCGCUGCAAGCAGGCGGCUUUGCUGCAGGUGUCGGCGCCGCGUGCCGCGCGCCCCAAGCCCCGGGUGAGUCCGAGUGGCUGGAAGGAGCCCAGGCAACAGAAAGCCGGGGCCGGCGGGUGCCACGUGCGGGGACCAGCAUCGCGGGGCGCGGGUGACUGGGAAAUCUGGCCGGCCGCGGCCCGAAGCUACGCAGCGGCGGGCGCCGGAGGAGGUGGGGGUGUCCCUGCCCGCGCCGACGCAUCCCCCGGCCCGCAGGCGCAGCUGGAGGCCCAGCACUGGCUGGAGCAGGAGCGGAGCCGCGAGCGCAGGCUGCGGGUGCUGCAGCAGGGAGGCUCGGGACCUGGGCCAGUGCGCCGCCUGGAGGCUGCCUGAGCCGGGCGGAGAGGGCCCCAGCAGCUGCGGGCCACGCCACCCCCACCGCCCCAAUAAAGCGUGUGGCCCGCAGUGCGCGCCUCCUCUUCCUCGGCCUGGAACCCCUCGGCGCCGGCCCCCCUGCCUCCGCACCCUGACCGCACCCCUCUCCCUCCCUCAUCUGUCCAGAGAAGGGUUGCCAGAUAAAAGCCAGGAUGCCCAGUUGUUGCGUGGGGCCAAACUUUUGCUAAACAAGUAUCCGCCCCUUGUCGGGAAUUCCACUUAACUGGGCGUCCUGUGUUUUUAUAAGCGAAAUCCCAGGUCCUAGCACUUCCCUACAGCCCAGCGUAAGACAUUCCUGGUGCCCACCUCUUCGAAGAUCCCAGACCCCUUCUGAUGUGGAAAUCUGGAACCCCCACCCUUUGCCGGCAUCCAGGUGGCUUCACCUGGAGAACCCUCAAGACUAGGUGGCCACUGUGAGUGCGCGUCUGGCCGGGUAAGUGGCCAGGAUUCUGGAACGCAGCGUUGCCCUGGCCCUUCACGCGCCCCCACCAUCCUCACUAAGAACUGGCCUGCUCUGUUCUGCUGAGAGGAGUCCACUAGUGCUCAAAGAGGGAUGUGACCUGCCCGGAGGGCCAGAACCCAGAGCUGCGCCUGGCUGACUUUAGAGCAUCCCCUCCUCCCUUCUCCAGCAAGAGAAGCAGCGCGGAUCCGACAAGAUCAGGGCCGCUGGAGGCAGCAGUUCACCGGGGCGGGACCAAGAUGGAUGGGUUCUGCAGUGCCCAGGGCGGGAGCUCGGGAAGGUUCCCCGUUGAGGACAGGCUUGCUGAGUGAAGGCCUGCCGGCGACAGCCUCCAGAAGAAAGCACAUGAAGCCACUUUCGUCCCAGGAAGAGAGAAGAGGGUCAAGUCCAUGGGGUGCUGAGCAGUAGGGGUGGGCAGUGGAAACUGACGCACAGAUAGAUGUCCAGGGGAGGUAUGUUCCUGGCGCCAACUCCCAGGAUCCUCCUUGAGCCUGCAGAGGAGAUGGCACCUCGGAUGAGGAGGCUGGGUCCCUGGGUACAUUCAGACCAGGAAGGUAGGCAUCGCUGCAGUGACAAACAAGAACAGACUAAAGGACCAGAGCCCUACUCCAAUAUUCUGAGUUUGAGAGAACCCCAGGACUUUACCACCCAGGUGGGUAAGGAGAAGAAUUUUCACAUCUCUGUAGAACUACAGCUGGGAGCAGAGUAAAUUUCAUGUAAAGAAAUAAACAUUGGCUGGGUAUGGUGGCACUCACGCCUGUAAUCCCAGCACUUUGGGAGGCUGAGGUGGAUGGAUCACCUGAGGUCAGGAGUUUGAGACUGGCCUGGCCAACAUGGCAAAACCCCGUCACUAUUAAAAAUACAAAAAUUAGCUCGGUGUGGUGGCACGCACCUGUAAUCCUGCUACUCGGGAGGCUGAGGCAAGAAAAUCGCUUGAACCCAGGAGGCGGAGGUUGCAGUGAGCCGAGAUUGCACCAUUGCACUCCAGCCUGAGUGACAGGAGCGAAACUCUGUCUUAAAAAAAGAAAAAGAAAUAAACAUUGCUCACAUCCUG